AUGCGGGCCUUCGCCAGUCCCCCGGUGCUCCUUUUUUGCGUUACGCUUAUGGUUGCCCCGAGGCCGGCUGUCCCGCACUUGCAGACCUGCAAAAAGACCAUACGCGAGGUAUUGGACCACUGCAACUCCUCGAGGGGUAGGCGCGACGCGCCCGCUCUGCUGCACGAUCGAGUCCUGCGGUCGCUGGUGACAGCAAGCGAUUCGACCGAGGACAGCUCCAACCCCCAGCCCCAGAGUAAGACGAGACACUCGACGACGAUAAGGGGAAUGACACUGUCGUCCUUGCCAGACGUUCCGCCCGACGAGACCGAAAUCCAUACGAUUUCCCUUCCCGAAGCAAAUCCGAGCGAAUGGAUGGAGCUGUUCAACGAGUACUACGGGCUGAGGACGUCGAGGAAACCUCGAGCCCAAGCGCAGGAAGAGUUUUUAAAGACACUGAUUCCCAGGUGCUGCCGUGACCAGGCCAUGUGCUUGAAAAACGUUGUGACAUUUUGCUGA